AGCAUCGCCCGCUCAUUAAGAAACAUUGGCCGCUACUUACGAUGUAAUUGAUCGAUUCGCACCUCACUAUAAAUACUGUGAUAACGAUACUGGGUUAUCAGUUGCACUCACAGCUUCUGGGUAGCAAGUUCUGUACAACACAAGAACACAAAAUGAAAUUGUUCAUCGUCUUAGCCGCUGUUGCUCUGGCCCAGGCCGCCAAACUGGACAGGACGUACCUCCCACCCAACGCGCAGGCUUCUGCAGGAUCUGCCUUCCUUGAUGCUCCUCGUCAGUCCAGUGGAUUCCAGGGGCAAACUGGUGCCUUCUCAUCCAACUCCCAGAGUGGAGCUUACUCAGGCUUCGAAGCCCGUCCCGUGGAGCGCGCCCAGGCUGCCUUCGAGAGGAACGCUGCUAUCCUUCGUCAGGACAACUCCAAUGAUGGAGAGACUUACGCGUAUGCUUAUGAGACUGAGAACGGUAUCUCCGGCGAGGAGAACGGAGUGGCGACCAACGGAGUGCAGGCUCAGGGCAGCUACUCCUACACUGGGGAUGAUGGCAAGGUCUACUCUGUGAGAUACACCGCUGAUGAGAACGGUUUCCAGCCCGAAGGUGACCAUCUCCCCACUCCUCACCCCAUCCCUGAAGAGAUCCUGAAGGCUCUGGAGCAGAACGCUCGCGAUGAGGCUGCUGGCAUCUUUGACGACGGAUCUUACAGCGAGGCUAAAUACUCUAGCAACUCCCAGCAAACUUACUACGACAGCAACGCUCAAGCCAUCAAUGGCCAAAGCUCCGGCUCUGCUGCUGGAGUCCAGAAAGCGUACCUCCCCCCCUUCGCGCAGAAGGCGGGAGCGAGACAAUCCUCCUUCGACGCUAGAGCCGGCUACCGGUACUAGAGACUGAUGUAAAUUGUUGUACAUAUCGGAUUGUUAUUCAAUAAAGUAUUUAUUUGAACACUA